UACCACAGCCUACCGGUGGGACCCCGCCCAGGCCAGCAUCUCCCCCUGGGGGCUGGAGCCCCCUUUCGACCACACGCUGGGCACAGAUUCCGGUAACUGGUUCUGCUGGGGGGAGGGGCACAGGAGCUGGAAAUCCUUGGUGAGGCUCUUCUUGGGGGGAGGGGGAGAGGAGUCUUCCUCGCCUGGAAGGCCUGGAGUUGAAGCAGUGCCAGGGGGGUGCCCUGUGCUGGGGGCACCCCAUUUUUCCUCUUACUCUUUGGGCCGCUGUGUGAGUGCCGCUCUCCCUGCUUCCUCUGAGUGCCUCCGUUGCCCUCCGGUGCAGGCUGGUACAUGGCGGUUACAAAGCAGAGAGCGAAGCCCUCGGCCACGGCCCGGCUGCGGUCCCCCCUGUUGCGAGGAGCAGCUGCUUCCUGCGAGAUCCGAGCUUGGUAUCUCCUGUGGGGCUCAGGUCUUAACGAGACGCAGCAGCCUCUCCUGACCUUGGAGCUGAGCCAGGGAAACCACACCGUCCGCCUGUGGCAAAGCCCUCCAGGUGGCACCCACUCCUGGCAGGAGCUGGUGGCCUACACCGGUCACAUCCCGGGCAACUUCCAGGUCACCUUCUCCUCCACCCAGGGCUUCUCCUCCUCUGCACAGCUGGCGCUGGACGAUGUGGAAUUCAGGAAUUGCGGCCUCCCACCUCCCCAGGCGUGUGGCGCAGAGGCCUUCUGCUGCCAGCAGGGCAGCUGCAUCACCAUAGACCGGGUGUGUGACGGCACCGCAGACUGCAGGGGUGGUGAGGAUGAAGCCCAGGAUGAAUGUGCCUCCUUCACAGUGUGCUCCUUGGAGGAGGACUGGUGCCAGUGGACCCCCAACACGACUCUUCCCUGGCUGAGGAACUCCAGCCUCCACCUGGCCUCUCCGUCUCUCGGGCCCUGGAGGGAUCACAGCACCAACAGCCGGGAAGGCUUCUUCGCGUAUGUGGAGGCCCAGAAGCCAGAGCUGCAUGAGGGAAGAGCUUGGCUGAGCAGCCCUACGCUGGCCUUGGACGCCAACCAGUCGUGCUAUCUGGUUCUCUACCUCCACCUGCACGGCUCAAGCGGCAACAGCCUUAAUGUCUACAUCCAGACACCAGAAGUUUUGCAGCUGGUCUGGAGCCGCACGGGAGACCUGGGCAAUUACUGGUUCCGGGAGAAAGUGGAUUUCGUGAACCAAAAGGAGUUUAAGAUUGUCCUGGAGGGCAAGAUUGGAAGUGGGCAGGAAGGCAGCAUCGCUCUGGAUGACCUUCAUCUGUCUCCUGGCUGCAGGACGGUGCCGGGCACCCUGACUCCUGCGCCCGUGCAGGAGCCCUCCAGCCCUUGCCCCCCGGGGCAGUUCGCGUGUGACCAGGGCAAGCGAUGCCUCGACCUCCAGCUGCUCUGUAACUUCAAGGCCGAGUGCAAAGACGCCUCCGACGAGCAGCAGUGCGGAGGGACCGAUUUUGCCAAGGGCCCCGGGGGCUGGAUGGACAUCAGCGUGGGCCGCCUGCGAUGGACCACCAGCCGCCUCAGUUCUGUGGGGCCGGUUCUGAGUCUUCAGGGGGCCCCCGGGCAAAUGUUCUCCAUGGCACGGGCUGCUACCCCCGUGUUGGGCCCUUCUGGCUUAGGCUGUGUGCUGCAGAUGGACUUCACCGCGGGCCCAGAAGGCUUCCUCGCCCUUGCCAUUGCCGAUGGGAGCCUGGGCACCCGCUGGUGGGCUUGGUUUGCCAAGAGCAAUGGGACCGCUUCCUGGGCAAAGGCCACGGUGCUCCUGGGCGCAAGGAAGAGGCCCUUCCAGCUUGAGCUGCUUGCCAGGGCUGAUCUUGAUGGCCCCUGGGGGGCCCUGCCACUUGCGGUCAGCAAUAUCUCCUUUGUGAACUGCAGCGCUGAAGCCCCAGCCUCAGCCCCGCAGGCAGGGCUCUCCUGCAAUUUCGAGACCGGCUGGUGCAGCUGGUCUCUGGAGCAGAACGAUGGCUUUGAAUGGAGGCUGAGCAGAAGCCGGAGAGGGGCCGCGGAUCACACCACAGGCACAGGCUCCUUCCUCCUUGCGGAGCCUGGUGGGGCCUGGAACCCAGGCAGGCGCGCCCGGCUCAUUUCUGCUCCCCAGGCGGCAGCUGCUGCCUCUUCUGCCGCUGUGGAGGCCUCCUGCCUUUCCUUCUGGUACCGCAUGGAAGGACCCCAGAUUGGGACCCUGGCCCUGAAAGUGAAGGCGGCUGGAGAACCGGAGCGGGUGCUUUGGACCAGGAGGGGCAGCCAUGGGGCAGUUUGGCAUCAAGCCGCCUCCUCCAUUUCCCCCAAGCCUGGCCAGAAUUACCAGGUGAUCUUUGAGGCUCUUCAGGACGGCUUCCUGGGCAGCGUAGCUUUGGAUGACCUCACAGUGACCCCUGGGGACUGCCCGGCCCAGAGGCACUGCUCCUUCGAGGCCGACGAAUGCAGCUUCUCAGCCGCCAAGCAGCAAGCGUGGCAGCGGCAGAGUGGCGCCGGGGGCGGGGGCCCUCCCGUGGAUCACACCCUGGGCGAGCCGAGAGGGCAUUACUUGAUCCUCCGCACUGGUGCAGACCGCCUCCCUUUGGGCCAGGUGACCGUCCUGCGCUCUCGCGCCUUCCCUCCUCUGCUGCGCACCCACUGUGUCUCCUUUUGGUACCACCUAAACGGCAGUGAGCCAGGAUCCUUGACUGCUUACGUGAAGGAGGAAGAAGGGAAGGAAGAGGGAGCGGAGGCAGGGAUGCUCAGCCCGGACCCGACACAGGGGGCAGCCUGGCGGUACGGCAGCUUUGUGGCAAAAGUCCGCAGGAGAUGGCAGGUGGCCUUCGCGGUGACAGGCGCUGGUGGAGAGCCAACCUCUUACAUCGCCCUCGAUGACAUCUCUGUGAAGGAAGGCAACUGCUCUGAACCAGGCUCUUGUGACUUUGAGUCAGGUCCCUGUGGCUGGAGCAAGCCUCACGGAGACGGCUACAGCUGGGACUGGAAGGAAGCAGCCACGCCGUUGCGCUCCCCAUCUCCCGAGGAAGACCACACCCUCGGCACCAGGGCAGGUCACUAUGCCUACGUUGACCUGGCAGUGCUGAGCUUGGGGAAGAGCACCGCACGCCUGGCGAGCGAGCCCCUGGCACCCACCACGGGCUCCUGCCUGAGCUUCCACUACCACAUGGACUUCCUUGGCCACAGCUCUCCUGCAGAGCUCAGAGUGAGGCUGACUGGGGCGCAGGGAGAAAGGGUCAUCUGGAGCGCCAGAGGCCAUCAGAGCCGGACCUGGAUGAACGGAACGCUCCUGGUGACCAGCCCCGUGGAGUUCCAGAUCGUCCUGGAGGCCAGCAGCGGAGCCUGGGAAAGCUCAGGGGUGAUUGCGCUGGACGAUCUCCACUACACAGCUGGGCUGGACUGUGCCUCUCCCCAGGCAGGCCCAGCGGAAGGUCAGGUUCUCUGCAAAGUCACAGCUGCGGGGCGAUCCCUGCGGGGGCCACCCUCAGCUCUCACUGUUCCUUUUCACCUUGGCAGAGAGCAGCAGCAGCAGCAGCCCUCUCCCAGUGUCGACCAUCGCUGGGGUGGCUGGCGGGGUGACCGUCCUGUUGCUGCUGAUCGCGGCCGGCUAUUGCGUGUGGAAGAGGAGGGGCAGUGGGGAAAGGAUGGAGGAGGAAGACGGCAACGGGCCCAGUUUUGACAACAUCACAUUUCGAGAUGACAGAAUCAUCCUGCCCCAGAUGGCUCCUGACCCAGCAACGUCCUAGGCCAGCCCCUGCCUUCCCUGCAUCGGCCUCUGGCUCCGGAGGGACACCCGCAGCAACUGCAAUAAAGGGGGCAUCCUUGAGA